ACGCCACAUGCAUUCCCGCGCCGGUAGGACAAAGACGGCCUUUCUUAUCUCUGCCCACUCAGCUCGCCCCUUCUGACCUGAGUCGAUUUCAUAACACACCACCCGCUAUCUCACCAUUGUUCACUCACAUCGCCGCUAUCCUAAUCAAGCUCCGCUAGGUGCAGCCAGCAUGCACAUCAACCACCUACCAGCUGAAAUCCUCUCCGACAUCCUCCUGCUUGCCACCAAGGCCAACGAAAACGAAGGUGCCAGUUUCACAUACGGACUCACUCAAGCACCACUUCCUCUGCAGAAGGCCAAACUCACCAAAUAUGUUCGAGGCCCGGUGACCGCAGAGUCGCUGCGAUGGGACGCCACUGCAGCUAUCCGCCAGGUCUGUGCCGGCUGGCACGACUGGGCUCUUUCCUACAACCUCGAGCAUGUCUUCGAGCGUAGGUGGCGAGGCAGCGAGAGAUGGGCCGAGUUGUCCAACAACCGACGGAAGUAUAGCAUCUACGAGUUGAUGGAUCGCCCAUCCGGCUGUGCUGUCUUCCGCGACCCCAACAGCUCAUUGAAGGCCACCGACCGCAUCUUCCAGCAACUGCCUCACAUGACAAACCAUGUGCGUCGACUGUGGUUCAAUGGCUUCUACACUGCCGAGACCGACAAGCUCAUUCUUUCCAUCGUGUCCGAGUGCCACGAGCUUCAGUUCCUCAGUGUUCCAUGGACUGUGUUGCGACGCAGCACUGCCGAAGACUGGAUCGAUCUGCUCAAUGUCAACACUGGCAUUGGUAGCGCAUUACAAUCACUCGAGCUGCAAGCUGUGUGCCUCGCUAAGGAUCAGGCCGACGCUCUCGAGAGUGAUGAUUCCCCAAACGCUCUGGAGGACCCGCGCGUCGACUUCAGCCAACUCAAGCGUCUCAAGAUCUUCGGCAACACUCUUCACAAGCCAAUCUGCGACAACGACCUCGAGUUGAUGGCAAGAACCGCGACUAAUUUGGAAGUGCUGGACAUCACAAACCUGUCGACCAUCUCUGUCGCUGGUAUGCUCGCUCUCGUCAAAGCAUCCCACAACACAUUGCAAGUGCUCGAGCACUCUCCACGCUCCGACGAUGGAUUCUACCACCCAUAUCCCGGCCACCUCCCAUCCAACGAGCACAUCUGCGAGCUGCUCACCUCGUUGCCACGCAUGCGUGAUCUAUCUAUCAGCAUCCCGUACAUGUGCGAGGACCUCUUCAGCAACCUCGAAGUUCAGUGGACCGGAGAGUGCCAGGUGCGCGCAACCGACGUCUGCGGCUGCGACAGCUCCACCCCAGGCGCAGAGCGCGCCCGCAAGCUCCGCAAAAUCUUCAACGCCGCCCGCAAACUCGUCGAAUCACGCCGCCGUCUCGGACACAAGCUCUCUAUCGAACUCUUCUUCGCCGGCUGCAUCUUCGAGCCAGAGAAGAAUCUCGUGCACGGCGACUUUGUCCUUUCCGAGAUCCGCUCCAAUGGGGCCUGGCCUCGCGGAAAGCAAAUCAGCACCAAGGGUCCCUACGGUACUACCGGCGUCUACGGCAAAGAAGACGAUGGCGUCAACUGGGACGCUCUUUGGGAAGAAGAGUAUCUCCUUGCUGUUGAGCAAGGCUGGGUUCAGCUUUGAAGCCAAAGGCAGCGCUAUUCAAAAGUCUUCAAAGUUUUUGGACGAAAAGCGACGAUUGCCACGACUGAUGAACCGAGUCAACUGUAACACCAUACACAUCCGGGCCGAAUGUACAUACACCACCGCACACAUUCUCACAGUUGGGCUCUGGAAUUUGAUAUUCAUGACGCGCUUUUUGCAUGGUUUUCGCAAGGCGCAAAUGGUUCCAGCGGCACGCAUCGCUAUUGGAAUUUGAGAGUCGCGAAGGAAAUCGACAGAUUGAAAUCACGAGACGAUUCUCAUGGAUGAUGAUACGAACAGCCCAAAAGUGGCACACCAAAAAGUUUUUGCAUUGAUGAUUCGAGCGCUGGCGUUGCGCGGGGAAUAUUGGUCCGGCUCUCAUGCAUGGAGCGCAAAAAAAGUCUUCGAUAGCUUUUCACUUCACAAUCCUGUAUAACACCCAAGAGAAGGCAAAACGCCAACCUAUGAACAAUCAUACCAAGAGAUUUCUUUGCUGCUGAUCCAAUCUUCCGCCAACGUGCAAAAGUUGUUG